GAGCAGAAAAACAACAACAGGCUACUCUGUAAGGAAGGCAGCUGCAUGGGUUAGCGACAACAACCACCAGGAUUUCACGCAUGCAGCCUUAUUUUCUUGAACCAAAAUGCACCUUAGACUUAUAAUGCGAGUGCUGGAGGGUGCUAAUGUUCUCCGUGUGCUGGAGUGAUACAGAUAAAGGGGAAAAACAGUUUGUAAAGUAGCUGGCUUAGCACCUAGCUGUGUGCGCGUCUCUAUGUUCGAGUGUCUUCCGGCAGAAGCAGCGGCAGCGGCGGUGCCAUGAACAGUGGACUCCCACCUUCAGCUGCUCCGCUCGGGGGUGCCGGGAUACCCUGUGUCAAGGUGAAGUUUUGCCGGUACUACGCGAAAGACAAAACCUGCUUUUACGGAGAUGAAUGCCAGUUCCUGCACGAAGAUCCGUCCAUGGGAAGCCUCUCGCUGCACGGCGGCGGCGGCAGUCCAGUCCCGUUACCCGCAGCAGGGUACUCCCUCGGUGGUACGGCGGUGACGGCUUGCCCCGGCGGUGGAGGGACCGGUGUGUCCAAGAAGAACGAAACACUGGGGCCCGCGGGCACAUCUCUGGAGGGGCAGCUACUAACCAUCCCAGGAAUGGAGGGUCCAAGCCUGAGCGAUGCCAAUCUUACCAACUCUUACUUCAGCAGCAGCUUUAUUGGGGUCAAUGGGUUCGGAAGCCCAGCAGAGUCAAAAUAUUCAAUGAUGCAGCGAAUGACCACCAGCAGCAGCUCUCCCAGUCUUCUCAAUGAUGGUGCCAAGAACUUCAGCCACAGCGCUCAUGAUCCAGUGAACUCCCCGACAGCUUCACUGUUCAGCGAUUUUGGUGCUCUUAGCAUUUCUCAAAGAAGAAAGGCUCCAAACCCGACAGCAAGCGAGUUUAUCCCCAAGGGAGCUCCUCGAAUGGCCGCCAUGACGCAGUCUGCUGUCCAGUCCUUCCCCUCUCCUCUCUUUGCUCAUCCUGGCCUCGGGAGCUCCACAGCUGCUGCUCUGGCUCCAGGCAUGUCACUUUCUGCUGGAUCAUCCCCUCUUCACUCUCCAAAAAUUACACCUCACACCUCCCCUGCCCCUCGUCGGCGCAGCCACACUCCAAACCCUGCCAACUACAUGGUGCCCACCACAGCGUCGGACCAGGGCGGACACAUUAUCCAGAAAGAGACUGUUGGAGGAACAACCUACUUCUAUACCGACAACACCCCAGUUCCAAUGGCUGGGAUGGUGUUUCCUACCUUUCACCUGUACCCCCCCACUGCUCCUCAUGUGGCUUACAUGCAGCCAAAAGCCAAUGCCCCGUCCUUUUUUAUGGCUGACGAGCUCCGACAGGAGUUAAUUAACAGACAUCUGAUAACCAUGGCCCAAAUUGACCACGCAGAGAACCCAGAUGUACCAUCUGAGGUGGACAGCUACCACAGCCUGUUCCCUCUUGAACCUCUUCCUCCACCCAACCGCAUGCAGAAGACCAGCAACUUCAGCUACAUCACCUCCUGCUACAAGGCGGUCAACAGCAAGGAUGACCUGCCCUACUGCCUGAGGAGGAUACACGGAUUUCGCCUUGUAAACACAAAGUGCAUGAUGCUGGUGGACAUGUGGAAGAAGAUUCAGCACUCAAAUGCGGUAACGCUUAGGGAGGUCUUCACCACUAAGGCCUUUGGAGACCACUCGUUGGUCUUCUCUUAUGACUUCCAUUCAGGUGCAGAAACAAUGUUCAGCAGACAUUUUAAUGACCCAGCAGCAGACUCGUACUUUACCAAAAGGAAGUGGGGUCAACACGAACCUCCGCCGCCGCGGCAGCAUGCAGGUCUGCUGCCGGAGUCUCUGAUCUGGGCCUACAUCGUGCAGCUCAGCUCGGCCCUGCGCACCAUCCACACUGCCGGUUUGGCGUGCCGGGUCAUGGACCCCAGCAAGAUUCUCAUCACCGGCAAGACCAGGCUACGAUUAAACUGUGUCGGCGUGUUCGAUGUCUUAACGUUUGACAACAGUCAAACCAAUCAUCUUGCCCUCAUGCCACAGUACCAGCAAGCAGAUCUAGUGUCGCUGGGCAAGGUUGUGCUGGCUUUGGCGUGUAAUUCACUCGCUGGAAUUCAAAGGGAGAACCUGCAGAAGGCCAUGGAGCUGGUGUCUAUAAACUACUCCUCAGACCUCAAGAACCUGAUUCUGUAUCUGCUGACUGACCAGUCUCGCCUACGCAGUGUCAAUGACAUCAUGCCCAUGAUCGGAGCCCGCUUCUAUACACAGCUGGACGCAUCGCAGAUGAGGAAUGAUGUCAUUGAGGAAGACCUUGCCAAGGAGGUACAAAAUGGUCGUCUCUUCCGCCUGCUCGCCAAGCUGGGCACCAUCAACGAGCGUCCAGAGUUUCAAAAGGACCCGGCGUGGUCGGAGACGGGCGACCGCUACCUGCUGAAGCUUUUCCGGGAUCACCUGUUCCACCAGGUGUCGGAAGCGGGGGCGCCCUGGAUCGACCUCAGCCACAUUGUUUCCUGCCUCAACAAACUGGACGCGGGCGUUCCUGAGAAGAUCAGCCUGGUUUCUCGGGACGAGAAAAGCGUCCUGGUUGUUACCUACUCGGACCUGAAGCGCUGCUUCGACAGCACCUUCCAGGAGCUGCAGGCUGCUGCCGCCGGCUCUCUGUAGCGCCCUUCUUGGGCCCAGGGUGGGACUGUCCGCACCUGGAGCACGCAAUUGCACUACAGCGGAGGAGCAGGCUCACGUAUGACAUCAGCACACAGCAAAAAGGCAGCAAGGCAGGGCUUUGUGGACCUCAGUCACAUACACUGACCCCUGUCCACCAGGAAGGCUUUUCUAAAGUGUAUUUUUCUUUGUUUUUCUAAACCCUGCAGCUGAAAAUGCAAAACAAAAAGAAAAAGAGAGAGACAGUUAAAGAAGCUGUGAUAAACAACUGUUUUGUUUUUUUUUCUAAAUUUGGGGAACAAAAGGAGAGACGACGAGGUUUUGAACUGUUUUCCUUGAUUUUAUUGUUUAUUUCUACAGCUGGGGUUUGUUUUUCUGAGGAGGAUGCACUAAGGUUUUAAUUUUUCUGUCCAAUUUCUUUACUUUUAUGAAAUUGUGUGAGUGGCCUACAGGGUGCACAGAGAGCUGAAGUCUCACACACACACGUGCGCGCGCAGGCAGAAACGCCAACUUAAAGAAAAGAAAAUCCAGCUUUCUGUUGACCAGGUUUCUCUGCCGGUUGGAGAUCACACCCUUUUCAUUCUUACGCACUCGGAGACGGGACCUGUGGUGCGGUGGGCCGGCGCCUGUUUCACAAAUCGGGCCGGCCCACCUCUGCCUCGUUUGUUGGUCCCCUUCGUGAAAGGACAAACCACUGGGGGUGGGUGGAAGGGUUUUUAAAACUGGAAGACAAAAGGAUUUUUGACGUUUUGU